GAAAAUGGCGUGGCUUUUACCCACCUCUUUAUGUAUCUGCAUUGUCAUCAUCAAUGCUCAACUUACUGCUUUUUCUGGAGAUGAAUUAUGUGAUGAUUCCGAUAUCUGUACUUUAGUGUAUAGGGGUCCGGGAGUUUAUACUCCCACAAUGUACCACGAUAGAUACAUAAUUAGUGAACAGUUUGCAGAGACAGCUUCAUUCAACUUUUGUAACAAUAAAUCGAACUCAACGGAAAUUGAAUUACAAGAUUGGAUCAUAAAUUGUAGUCACAUUAUUUGCGGCUGUGUGAAAGUUGUCGGCAGUGAAAAAACAUGCUGCAGUACUGAUACAAAGUUGACCACAGUCACUGCUGACACCGCAAAACCUACACAAACUUCACACGGUACUGGUACAAAGUCUACCGCUGUAGGUAUUGGUACAAAGUCUACCGCUGUAGGUACUGGUACAAAGUCUACCGCUGUAGGUACUGGUACAAAGUCUACCGCUGUAGGUACUGGUACAAAGUCUACCACCGUCACUGCUGGCACUACACAAACUACACACGGUACUGGUACAAAGUCUACCGCUGUAGGUACUGGUACAAAUUCUACCACCGUCACUGCUGGCACUACACAAACUACACAUGACAAGACCUUCAAUGAAGUGUUAUUGAAUGCCAUCAUCGGUACAGGAGUCACAGCUGGUACCAGUGUAUUCUUGAUGGUGUUAAUAUUAAUACUGUUUAGACGGAAAAUUAAAAAAAUAAAAUUUGGUAACGCCUCGUUCCUACUAAAUAGUACGGUUUCAACAAGAACAGAAAAUGACAUUGAAAAUGUGUCAGUUAUAGAGGAUGUAGCUGUUGAAACAAUUGAUCAGGAAAGAAACGUAGUUGCAGCUGUUGCGACAGUUGAAAAUGUGACAGUUGAUGAGGAUGUAGCUGUUGUGUCAAUUAAUGAGGAAGGAAACGUAGUUGCAGCGGUUGCAUCUGAUGAAGUUACUGCCGUUGUUGAAACUGAAACAAAAACAAUAAGUCAAAGAACAAGGUCAAAAAAACAAAAAUGAGUUAAUACCAUAUAUCAUUUAAAAUCAUUCAUCAUCAUUCAAUUAACAUAUCAAUAGUAACUAGAUUUAAUAAUUGCUGGAUCCUGAUUCAUCUAGGUGUUGUGUUUAUCAGUUGUACUUUAUCUACCAAUAUCUAUAAAAUGUUUGUGUACCAAUAUCUAUAAAAAUAUUUGAUAUAUUAUGUAUUGGAUGAACAGGAUCACAAAACGAAAUAAUAAAUAGAAUAGCAGACUGAUAAAGCUGAUAUUUAAUCUAAAUGUCUAACAACAUAUCUGAUAUUAAAUCUACAUCAUUUGAUUUCAAAUCAGUUUAUCAAUGGUAAUAUUUAAUAUUAUUGUCUGUGUCUUGGUACUUAUAGAACUGGUGUUGUGUUUAUCAGUGAAAUUCUACUGUGUAUUACAAUAUCAUAUCAUUUCAUGAUUAUUUUUUUUAAAACGUUAAUUAUGAAAAUGUAGCAAAAUUACCUUAUUUUUUAGUUCUGGGAUGUUUUUUGUUUUUUAUGCUGCUUACUAACUGUAAAAUAAUUCAAUACUGUAAAACAUUGAUACAAUUUAUUAAUGUGUGGGCAUGCAUGUUGUAAAAUUAUAUACUAUAUCACAUAAAAUAACAUUUUUUAAAAUCAUUACAGACUAAUACAUGUAGAAUAACUUUGCUAUGUAAAAAUAUAGAAAAUGGUGGUUUUGUAUUAUUGUACAUGCUAUAAUUAAAUGUCAUCAAUUCUUCUAGUAACAUUAUGGCCUAUAUUUUAUAACACAAUACGGUUGUUACAUUCCAAUAAAUAAUCUUUUAAACACAUUCCAAAAGUGAACUUGUGAAAACACUUACUGCUGUUCCAUUUUGUUAGGUUCAACCCUCACAGUUUGGUUGUCUAUUUGCUCGACGAUGAUGUAUGGUUCGGACACCUACAAAAUACAUAUUAUUUUUAACCUGUUUUAUUACUUGUGUUGUGUCUACUUUUAAUGUUGUUUUUAAUAUGUUGUAAGCUCCCCACUUUGUUGUGUAUAUCCCAAAUGUAUAUAUAUAAAAAAAAAAAAAAAAUGUAAAGCUUCAUUGUACACCUAAUAUUUUUUUUAUGAUAAUCACUUAAAAUGGGAAGCAUUUACGUUAAACACAAAACUGGUUGUAUUAUUUUGUUCCUAUUGUUAGUUGUUGUUUUUUUUGUUUUUUUUUCAUUAGUGUUAUUUCUGUUGUUAUACAUAUGCAUAGUUACAGUGUUAGUUCCAACUUGCUCUUGAUUUAAUCUUGUAUUCAUGUAUGAUCCAUUUAAUUUUUUUUUUUUUUAACUGAAAACUAAUUUUGAACUUCUAUUUUCAAUAUAACAUGUUGUUACAUACCGGAUAGACAUUUCGGGUUUUGUUCUUCUGGAUACUGCAAUAAAAUCACAUUUCAUGUAUUUUAUACUUGUGGAUGUAAAAAUAAUUAUCAUAGGUAUUUUUACUUUGAUAACCUUAUUUUAUACGGUUUAGUAUCUAUUCUGUUUUUAAUAUAAUCUCAUAUACUACUUCAUAUAGUUUGUAUGUCGUAUAUAUUCUACCUCAUAUAUCCCAUCAUAUAUUUUUUGCAUGUCAACAUUUUACCUCAUAACAUUGUCAUGUUCAUUUUACAUCCUUUACCGAUGUAAAUAUUUUUUCAUUAAUUCUAAAAUCAAUCACAUCCAUUUUUGUCAAUUUUCUAUCAAUAACAGUAUUAUUCGGUAUAAAAGGGUAUUUUUUAAAACAAAAGUUUAUUGUCACGUUAAUGUUUGUUAACUGUUUUUAAGUUUCAUUUAAGUUGUUGUAUUUAAAAAGAUGUUAUAUUUUCUAAAGGUAUCAUCCUUAAUAAAAAUAUUUAAAAAACCCACCUCUCCUUUUCCCUUUCAGUUUCCAUAUAUUGUUGAAUCCCCAAUAAUUGAGAUCUCACGGUUUCUAACUGAAAAACAAGAGCAAUAAACAUUAAGAAUCUGGUUGUGGUUUGUGAAACAAUUUCCUACUUGUAAAUUUAAAUUGAUCAAUGUGUGUGUAUUCGAAUGCAUUAUGGCUUAAUUCUGUCUUGACAUAACAAAUUGGGUUUUCAAAUGUCACACAUGAAGUAAAAUAAAAAUAACUUGAAAUUGUUAAAUAAUUCAGUAAAGCAAAUUAUAAUCACAAAGUCGGUUCAAUAACAGCAAAAUCAACUUACUUGUUCAAUUAUUGUUCCUUGCUGUUGUAAAACAGCAUUUUGUUCUUUUA